AUGAAGGAGGACGUCCGAGAUCAUCAGCUCCAACUAGCAAAGAUUUUUAGCUUCCAGAGAUAUUUCCAAAGCCUGGUUCUUUAUUUCCUCGUCUUCGGCUCCGGCUUAGUCAUCGGAAUUACUCUGAGUUUUUAUCUUACCGACACUCCUCUAACCUUCCAAUCCACAAUAUUCCCAUUAUUUAAUAACCCACCACCUCAACAACCGCCGCCUCCGCCGCCGUCUCCUCCUCCACCGGAACCGGUAGUUUGUCCGCCGGAGACCAAAUGCCCUGAAAGCAACCCGAAUCCAAUCACUGCCGACAACCCAACAGCUCCGGCGGGCAUGGUAUCACUGAAAGAGUACAUUACACCGCCGGAGACGAUGCACCAAAUGACGGAUGAGGAGCUUCUUUGGAGGGCUUCAAUGGUGCCGCGGAUCGGCGAGUACCCUUUCCGGCGAACUCCAAAGGUGGCGUUCAUGUUUCUGGUUAGAGGAGAAUUGCCGUUGGCUCCUUUGUGGGAACUUUUCUUCAAAGGGCAUGAAGGGCUUUACUCCAUUUAUGUGCAUGCCUUGCCGUCGUUCCACGGCACCUUGCCGGACGUUUCUGUAUUUCAUGGCCGGAGAAUCCCCAGUAAGGAAGUGGAGUGGGGAAAAAGUAACAUGAUCGAAGCGGAAAGGCGUUUGUUAGCCAACGCUUUACUCGACUAUUCCAACGAGAGAUUCGUACUUCUCUCAGAGUCGUGCAUACCUUUGUUCAACUUCCAAACAAUCUACGACUAUCUCAUUUAUUCAACCGAAACGUUCGUCGAGAGCUACGACUUACCCGGCCCGGUCGGCCAGGGUCGGUACAGCACCAAAAUGAAGCCCCAGAUCCGGCUCGAGCAAUGGCGGAAGGGCGCGCAAUGGUUCGAAAUGAACCGAGAACUCGCCAUAAGGGUGGUUUCCGACCGGGUCUACUUCCCGGUGUUCAGGAAACACUGCCAGCCUCCUUGUUACUCGGACGAACAUUACAUACCGACCCUUGUUUACAUGAAAUUCGAGCAGAAGAACUCGAACCGGACCUUGCAUUGGGUCGACUGGUCGAAGGGCGGGCCCCACCCGUCCAGAUUCGGUCGGUACGAGAUCUCGGCUGAGUUUUUGGAGCAGAUGAGGAACAAUCAAACUUGCACUUAUAAUGGGAAGACGACUAAGAUUUGCCAUUUAUUUGCUAGGAAAUUUAUGCCGGUUGCUUUGGAUAGGUUACUGAGCUUCAAUAUUAAAAUCUUAUUCGCGAGGUAG